AGGGGGUGAUGAAAGGCGAAGCAGCAUCCUGCCUCCCCAACCAAAGCUUGGCCCUUUUACAAUUCAAGCAAAGUCUAUCCCAAGGGUCGCGGCCAUUGUUAAGCACGUGGAAGAAUGAAUCAGAUUGUUGCGAGUGGGAGGGAAUCUCUUGCGACCAUACCACCGGCUUUGUCACCGGCGUCGAAAUCUGGAAUCUCCGAGUGCAAGUCAGUGAUCCAAACUCUUCCUUAUUUCAACUUUCUCACCUCCAAAGUCUUGAUCUCAGCCGCAAUUUGGUCGCUGGCGAGAUCUUAUCGAGAUUGUCGGAAUUCACUCACCUCACCGAACUUUCGCUCUCAGAUUGCAACUUAAUUGGUCCCAUUCCUGAAUCCUUCAAACAACUUUCAAACCUAACCUAUUUAGACCUUAGUCGAUAUAGAUUGAGUGGAGAAAUUCCCCAAGGUAUAGUGCAGAAACUGCACCUUGAUCACAACAAGUUAAAUGGUUGCUUUCCUGAUUUUGGUAAUGAGUUUUCCCCAUUAGUUGAUGUCGAUCUCUCAUAUAACAUGUUGGAUGGGGAGAUUCCUCUUUCCAUAAUUAGAAAGUUGCCUCAUAUUGAGUUAUUGGACAUUCAAUGGAACAUAAUUACUGGUACCAACGGUUUCUCCUUAUUCCAAAACCUGAGGAAUCUUUCAUAUUUGGACCUUUCUUGGAACUAUUUGACAGUUGAGUUUCCCAAAACUGUUUAUGUCAACCAUCAAGCUACAAUUUUUUUGCAUCUAGAAAUAUUAUACUUGGUGUCUUGCAACAUCAAAGGGGAGUUUCCUUGGUUCCUCCAAAACACAAAGGCCGUUGGGGAACUCAACCUUUCACAUAAUAACAUAAGUGGGAAGGUGCCGACAUGGGUGUGGAGACUACCAGAACUUCGGUAUUUGGAUCUAUCACAUAACAAGCUCGAUGGUUUUGAGGAAGCGGUCAAUAUUAAUGGUUCGAGGAACUUCGAUCUUCCGUUGAUGUUCAACACAAGCUUGUCAUUGUAUGUGUCGAACAAUAACAUCAAGGGAACAAUCCCGUCCGCACUCUUCUGCAAUUUGUUAUUCUUAAAACAUCUACACCUAUCUAAAAAUAACCUCACAGGUACCAUACCAGAUUGUUUAGCUAACUUGACCGGAUUAGAUGAGUUAGACCUCAGCAAGAACAAACUACAGGGUCAAAGGCUUAUUUGUGGUUCUCAAUCUUUAUCUCUAAUUGAAUUGAGCGGCAACCAGUUCACAGGGGAAAUGACAAGAUUGCUCUAUAAUUGUAGCAGUAAUAACAUGCGGGUACUUGACCUGUCAAACAAUAGACUAACAGGCAGGUUCCCAGACAAUUGGCCCACAGCUUUUGAUGAACUAGCGGUGUUGGACUUGAGCAACAACCAACUACAAGGCCCAAUUCCAGAAGUGUAUUGCAAUUCCUCCACACCUGCCUUACAAGUGUUGAACCUCAAUGACAAUAAAUUGGUUGGCAGGAUUCCCAGGAAUCUUUCUAUGUGCAGCGAAUUGACGGUUAUAAAUUUGGGCAACAAUGAGUUAAGUGAUGUUUUUCCCUUUUGGCUUGGCCACUUGGACUACUUACGUGUGUUGGCAUUACAUUCCAAUAAAUUUCAUGGCACUGUUAGCUCUUCCUUCUCCAUAAAGAUGUUUCCUUCGUUGUUAAUCCUUGACAUUUCCAGGAACCAAUUGAAGGGACAUCUUCUCUCUAUCCUUUUUCAAAAUUUUAGUUCCUUGAUGAGGAAGGAAACAAAUGUUGGUUCCAAGGACCCAUCAUAUCGAUCAUACAGCACAUACCAGCAACCACUGUUAUUAACUAUCAAAGGGCAAAGCCGAGUAUGGAAGAUGAUUACCAUUUUGACAUCCAUUGAUUUGUCCAACAAUUUAUUCACCGAAAGAAUUCCUGAAGAGAUAGGUGCACUGGAAGAGCUUUAUUCGUUGAACUUGUCAAGGAACAACCUGGAAGGUCCCAUCCCGAGGUCAUUCAGACAGUUGUAA